AUGGGAUCACUGGCCAUCACGUACUACGUUCUUACAACAGCUAUUGCUGUCGUUACGGGAAUCAUACUUGUGUUGACUAUUCAUCCUGGAGAUCCGAGCAUCAAACAGGAUCUUGGUGAAGGUACAGAAGGCAAGAAAGUCAGCACACUAGACACCUUAUUGGAUUUAUUACGGAACAUGUUUCCGGAGAAUAUUGUCGCUGCAACUUUCCAGCAGGCGCAAACUAAGUACAUUACGGUUCGCCCGAAAAUCUUAAAAGUGAAUGACACAUUGCAUUUGGAGAUGCUCAACAACGGCACCCUGGACUACGUGAAAGCCGCGCUUGAGUACAACGACGGCAUCAACGUGUUAGGUAUUAUCGUCUUCUGCAUUGCGCUGGGCAUUUCUUUAUCACAGCUUGGAGCUGAAGCCGAUGUUAUGAUCCAGUUCUUUGCUAUCAUGGAUAAAAGUCAUCAUGAAACUCGUCAUGACGGUCAUGUGGUACUCACCUUUCGGAAUUAUGUGUCUUAA